ACCACCCACAGCCUCCGAGGUUGUCUUUCCGGCCGCCGGAGAAAUGUCGAUUCUUGACCUCCCCGAGCUUGCCCUCCGUUGCAUUCUCGAUCGGCUUCCUCCGUCUGGGCUCUGCAGCAUGGUCGGGGUUUGCAGCUCCUUGAGAGAGAGAUGUGUGAGUGAUCAUCUCUGGCAGAAGCAUCUGAAGAUGAAAUGGGGCAAAUUCCUUGGCCCUUCUGCUCAUAGAGAGUGGCAACGGUAUAUUGCUUCGAGGAACAAUCUUGGGUUUGUUGAUAAACAAACUGGGCAUCGAAGGUUUGUCAAAUUGGUUUCUUUGUUUUGGCCGAUUUCCUCGAUUUUUUUAUCCAAAGUUGUGGAUAGUCACAAUUUCAAUUGAUCUGGAGAUGAAAACAAGCAGAGAAAACAGAGUUCUGUUUCUUUGCCUGUUGAUUCCAUCAUGAAUUUGUACCUUGCCCUCGAAACCGACCGUUUUUGGUUCCCGGCACAAGUGUUCAACCGCGAGGUAGUGAUAGAAACGUUUCUUGCUGCGCAAGUUUCAAAUUCUCCAAAUGUUUAUAUUUUGUGGAUUUGAUGGGCAAAUCUUAAGUCGAAACUCUGUUUGUGGUACCUCUAUGUUAUGCAGAAUGGGCAUGUAGGGUUCAUGUUGUCAUGUUAUGACGCCGAGCUCAGCUACGAUCCUCACACGGAUACAUUUGAAGCCAGAUAUACUCCACAUGGUAGGAGAGUGGUCGCAGUAGAAAAGGGUGUGACGUGGGAGAGGCUAAGAGCACCACCACUUGAUACAUCUCCACAUCAUCUUCAUGUCUCGGAUUGUCUAAACGAGUUGAAGCCCGGAGAUCACAUCGAGAUCCAAUGGAGAGACGGAACAAAGAGUUCCCAUAUGGAUGGUGGUAUGGAGUUGAAUCGUGUGAUGGGAAUGAGAAUCACUGCCAUUGCCAUCUGAGCGUCUCGCACUUUGCAGCCAUGUCAAGUUUGGAGGAGCCACUUGGUUUUGACAAGCUGCCAAGAAUGACCACAGAUAGAAUCCAGAGAUUUUCAUCUGGUGCUUGUCGUCCCAUGGCUGAUGAUUUGGGCAUGGGAGGCUGCUGGAAUGAGGGAAGUGAUUGCUUCACUUCAAACAAUUGCAAUGAUGAUGAUGAAGAUUGUGGUAGAAAAGGUUUUCCUUGGAGAAGACAUACCAGGAAAAUGUCUGAAGAAGAGCUCAUCCUUCUAAGGACUUCAACUUUGGGAAGAUAUUAUACCACUUCUCAAACUUUAUGGGAAAACCAAUACUUGCAGGAUCAUAAAUAUAGUACCAUUAGCAAUGAGAGGAGCAUACACCAUUCAACUAACAAGAUUUUUGUAGAUGUACAAGAAUUUGUGAAGAUUGUGGAAGUUGGUCCAAGAGACGGUCUACAGAAUGAGAAAAAUAUAGCGACAUCUGUUAAGGUUGAACUAAUUCAGAGAUUGGUUUCUUCUGGAUUGCCUGCGGUUGAGGCAACAAGUUUCGUAUCACCUAAGUGGGUUCCCCAGCUUGCUGAUGCAACGGAUGUAUUGGCUGCAGUCAGGACACUAGAUGGCGCUAGGCUACCUGUUCUGACACCCAAUCUAAAAGGUUUCGACGCAGCUGUCGCUGCAGGGGCUAAGGAAGUUGCUGUCUUUGCAUCAGCUUCUGAGUCAUUCUCAAGGUCGAACAUCAAUUGCACCAUUGAAGAGAGUCUCUCUCGGUAUCAUGUUGUUGCCAAUGCUGCGAAAGAGCGUUCAAUUCCUGUCCGUGGGUAUGUAUCUUGUGCUGUUGGGUGUCCAGAGGAGGGAGCUGUUCCCCCCACAAAAGUGGUUUAUGUGGCAAAAAAACUCUACGAUAUGGGCUGCUUCGAGAUUUCUCUCGGCGAUACAAUUGGAGUUGGUACGCCAGGUACUGUGGUUGCCAUGCUUGAAGCUGUCAUGGAAGUUGUGCCUGCCGACAAGCUCGCUGUUCAUUUCCACGACACUUAUGGGCAAGCUCUUGCAAACAUUCUGAUUUCUCUCCAAAUGGGGAUACGGAUAGUGGACUCAUCGGUUGCGGGAUUAGGAGGGUGCCCUUACGCGAAAGGAGCAUCAGGAAACGUAGCAAUGGAAGACGUGGUUUACAUGAUGAAUGGUCUAGGCAUCCAAACCAAUGUAGACUUGGGGAAGCUCUUGUCCGCUGGAAAAUUCAUCUGCAACCAUCUCGGCCGCCCCUCUGGUUCCAAAGCCGCCUUUGCCCUCAUCACAGCCGAUUCUUCCAAUAUAUGAUAACCUAUGUAUGUAUGUAUGUAUGUAUGUAUGUAUGUAUGUAUGUAUGUAUGUAUGUAUGUAUGUAUGUAUGUAUGUAUGUAUGUAUAUAUGUACGUAUGUAUGUAGUAUAGAGUAAUAGUUGUCUUAUCGGCACCGAACUAUAAAUCUAGAUAUAUCUUGGAUUU